GUAUCCUUCAGCAGACAUCUCUUCAGCAGCACAAUGUGGAAGAUGGACAGAGCAGCCUCUGUAACGAUCCUCAUCCUCCUUCUGUGUGCCAUUGCUGCACAGGGUAUUCCCAUCCCAGGAGCACAAGGACGUUGCCGAUGCAUUCGGACCAGCUCUGCUUUUAUUCGUCGAAAGAUCAUCCAGAGCUUGACAUAUAUUCCCAGUGGAUCUUACUGUGAAACAACAGAGAUAAUUGUCACUCUGAAAAAUAAGAAGAAAGUAUGUGUGGAUCCUGAUGCCAAGUGGGUGCAGGUUCUCAUCACAGCCAAGAAAGGUGUUCCGAUCCCAGGAGCACAAGGACGGUGCCAAUGUAUUCAGACCAGCUCUGAUGUUAUUCGUCCAAAGGUCAUCCAGAGCUUGAAAUAUAUUCCCAGAGGAUCUCACUGUGAGAAAGCAGAGAUAAUUGUCACCCUGAAAAAUAAGAAGAAAGUGUGUGUGGAUCCUGAUGCCAAGUGGUUGCAGGUUCUCAUCACAGCCGAGAAAGGUGCCAAAAAGCACAAUUAAAACAUGAAGCUGCAAAAUGAGGGAUACACUUCCACUCCUGAAUUAUCUGAUGGGGAAUGAAGGAAGCUCAGCCCUGGAUGUUAACUUUGUGAUAUCACCUUCCAAUGAUUCAUUCCAGUGUCUCCUCUUCAUUGCCUUCUGUGAAUAAUUUCGCUGUUCAUCCUGCUGCAGGACUUGUUUAAUCCUGUCACAAUACCUGUUUACACCUGAGGAAACCAUCUGAUAUUUAUUGUUAAACUUCGCACCAAGUCUGAGGCUUCAUUUGAUGUCUGUGGUAAUGAAGUAGAAUUAGGUACAGCUGGGUGUUACGUUGGUAAUGUCAUAAGGCACUCUGCAAUUGGUUUAUAGUUCUCCAAUUAUUUGGAAAUAAUUUCUAAUCAACGAAUUGGACACAGAGGCAUUCUGUGGAAAAGGCUGAAUGAAAUGGGUGCCAGUUGUUAAAAUUUAGUUAUAGAGAUCAGAAGAGUUGGAGGUGAUAUUAGUUUUAGAAUAACUUAGUUCAUUAAUUUCCAUGGAUGUAUUGUUAAUUUUAAACUUUUACGGAGAAAAUCCCACAGCUUGACAUGGAAAUCCUGUGGGUGGGGUCAGGGUGAGGAGGAGUUGAAUAAAACCCCUGAUGGCCCCAAAUCAGGACUGGCGGACCACUUGAAUAAAACUUGCACCAGCCCACCCCUGCUCCCUACAAUCCUAUUAUCCCAAACCUGCCCUCCCAUACCCACAACCCUGACAUGAGAUUGUUGCUCUGCUACAGGCUUUGGUCCAUUCUGUAUUCACACACUGCCUUCUCAAUCCUACAUGCUUUACCAGGAAUGGGAGGCUGAUUUAUCCAGGAAUCAUCCUUUGCUUUUUCAAUAAAAUGAUCUAGUUUAGAAAGUUGAAAAUAUAAAAAAUUAAACAUGUUUCAAAUUUUACCCGAAGAUAUAGUACAUAUAGUGUAUAAUUUCAAAAUCAUAAAACAAAUUUUACAUUCUCCCUUUUCCAGUUGAAACCCUGUACAUAGUCUAUGAUAUACUGAUGGCAAUACUGUUGACCAAAUAGAUAAAUUUCAGAUUGAAUGAAAACAUAUUUUAUUAAAAUACAAGAAGAAGUACUUACUUGGUAUUGUUGGUGUCAGUUUACAGCAGUAUUUAUUAACAUUGGUACUUUUAAGUCAAGCUGUGGGAUUUUCUCCGUAAAAUGUCAGAUUUGAGGAAGUCUGCGGAAGCAAAUUCUCUCUGGAGGUGUGACUUCUGUGCAAAAUACUUACAUUUUGGAAGGUGGUGUUGUUAAUAUUCUGAUAAUCAGGAAAUUAAAUUUGUAAAUCAGAAUAAUAUCUGUACAGUUAAAAAAUAGAAACCUUUUGCCCUGAGGGAACUUUCACUGACUGGGUUCAGAUGACCACACAUGAUGUCUGGACAGUUGAUGGAUGUGAAUGAAUUUGUUGAG